UCCCCGACUCCAGCGACGUCAGUACGUCCGCCCACCGGCCGCGGUGACGUACCUGCAUUUGUCGACUUGGCGGGACCGAGCUGCUGAUGCCCUUGGACAAGGGGAAAGAGCGGGUGGUGGUGCUGGUGGACAUGGACUGCUUCUACGUACAGGUGGAACAGAAGGCCAACCCGGAGCUGAAGGGCAAGCCCUGCGCCGUGGUUCAGUACAAGACCUGGCAGGGGGGUGGGAUUGUGGCCGUCAGCUACGAGGCUCGUGCCCAGGGGGUGAAGAGGGGCAUGAGGGGGGUAGAGGCCAUGAGGAGGUGCCCAGGCCUGCAAUUGGCCCGGAUCCCCGAGGCGCACGGCAAGGCCAAUCUCAGCAGGUAUCGGCAGGCGAGCGGGCAAGUGCUGGCGGUGCUGUCUCGCUUCGCGGUGAUCGAGAGGGCCAGCAUCGACGAGGUUUACGCCGACCUGACGGCAGAGGCCGGCCGGCGCCUGAAGCAGCCGGGACUCCUGCAGCAAGCGGCGACCCUGCUCAGGAGCACCUGCGUGGAGGGAUUCCCCCGGGACAGGGACAGUCGGGCCCCACCGCUCUCGGCCCUGCACAGAGAGGAGACGCGGCGGGAGGGGCUACAGGCUUGGCUGGACUCAUUGCCCGCGGACAGGGACCAUGGCAGCCCCGAGCUGCUGCUCACAGCAGGGGCACUGAUCGUGGAGGAGAUGCGGGCAGCGGUGGAAGCAGAAACCGGCUACACGUGUUCAGCUGGAAUCUCCCACAACAAGGUGCUGGCGAAGCUGAGCUGUGGUCUGAACAAGCCGAACCGCCAGACUCUGCUGCCCAUGGAGUCUGUGGACCGCCUCUUCGAUACUCUGCCCAUCAGCACCAUCCGUAACCUGGGCGGGAAGCUGGGGGAGUCCGUCUCACAGCUCCUCCAGGUGCACAACAUGGGCCAGCUCCGAGCCUUCUCCCAGGCACAGCUGCACACCAGCUUCGGGGUCAAAACCGGGAGCUGGCUCUUUGACCUGUGUCGGGGCCUGGACUUUGAGCCGGUGAGGCCCCGGUACCUCACCAAAUCCAUCGGGUGCAGCAAGAAUUUCAUGGGCAAAGAGGCCCUGACCAUGUGUGAGCAGGUGAAACAUUGGCUGCUGCAGCUGUCGACAGAGCUGGAGGAGAGACUGCUCCAGGAUCAGCAGCAGAAUGGGCGGACUGCGCGGCAGCUGACGGUGGGGCUGCGGCUGCAUGAGGAGCACCAGUCGCGCAGCUUCUCCCGCUGCUGCCCCCUGGCCAGGCCCGAUGCCCCCUGCCUGGCCCAACGCGCCUGGACCCUCAUCCAGGCCUUCAACACGGCCCACCCCCCUCAGGCAGCCUGGUCGCCCCCCGUGAUUGGCCUCUCUCUGUCGGCCAAGGAUUUCUUAGAGACCUCGGUGGUCUCGGCCCGUGGCAUCACGGACUUCCUGACCAGCUCCUCCUCCCAGUCCCCUGGGGCGGGGGCAGCGCCGAACCCAGGGAGAGUUGGGGGAGCCCAGAGCCCGGUGAGAAGACUGGACCCAGGGGGAGCCCACAGAGCUGGCACCAUCACAUCCUUCUUUAUGCAUGCCCCCACCGACAAAACCUGCCCCUCCCCUGACCCUGUAACGCACACCUUCCCCGCACAACCCUCCGCACUCUCUAUUGCACCCCUCACCUCCCCCCCACCCCUCGCACCCACACCACCACCUGUCCCUGAGACACCCCCCAGCCCCUCUCCACACUCCUCCCCCUCUCACACACCACCCCUGGGCCGCAGAGACAGUGACCGUACAGGACCUGCAGAGAUGGAUCUUCCAGGCGUGUCAUUCUUCAAACGCAAGGCCCUGGCCCGAUCCCCUGGCCAGCCACCAGCGGACCCUCCCCUGAGCCCCGGUCUCCCCACUGAGGUGCUGGUGCGCUGUGCAAGGUGCGGCCAGUCCACCCUCCCCUGGCAAGUGGCAGAGCACAAGGAUUUCCACUUUGCCCUGGACCUCCAGAGGUCCCUGUCGACUCUCCCACCUCCCAGCCCCCCGGCCCGGACCAAGCACAAGGCAGUGGACCAGCUGCGGGGUCCGGGCAAGCGGGCUCGGACUGGCAGCAAGACCCUGGAUUGGUAUUUUCAGAAAGCACCUCCCUAGAACAGGCAGGGGGCGGGGUUUUGGCACAUGGUCCCGAGCCGUAAGUUCAUGUUAUAGGAGCAGAAUUAGUCCAUUUGACCCCUCGAGCCUACUCUGCCAUUCAAUCAUGGCUGAUCUAUCUCUCCCUCUCAACCCCAUUCUCCUGCCUUCUCCCCAUAACCCGACACCCGUUCUAAUCAAGAAUCUUAAAAAUAUCCACUGACUUGGCCUACACAAUGUCCCAUUUCCUGAUACUUUGGCAUGAGAUCAGAUCAGAUGUGGGUGUAAUUAAAGUAUUGUAUUUUUGAUAUAAAUUCCUGAGAUGUCCAGUGAUUCACAGGA